AGUUCCGCUUCCGACCGCUUUGUAGUUGUAGCGCUCAGGGUCGCCAUGGGCAAGUCGGAUUUUCUGAGCCCCAAGGCCAUCGCCAAUAGAAUUAAGUCCAAAGGGCUCCAGAAGCUUCGCUGGUACUGCCAGAUGUGCCAAAAGCAAUGCCGCGACGAGAAUGGCUUUAAGUGUCACUGUAUGUCUGAAUCUCAUCAAAGACAACUGUUGCUGGCUUCAGAAAACCCUCAGCAGUUUAUGGAUUAUUUUUCAGAGGAAUUCCGAAAUGACUUUCUGGAACUUCUGAGGCGACGCUUUGGCACUAAAAGGGUCCACAACAACAUUGUCUACAAUGAAUACAUCAGCCACCGAGAGCACAUCCACAUGAACGCUACCCAGUGGGAGACACUGACCGACUUUACCAAGUGGCUGGGCAGAGAGGGUAAGAAGAGCGCGGACAGGAGCUGGUGGUCCGUGGCUCCGUUUCUAGGGGAGCCGUCAUUUUCAGUCUCUGUCUGACUUUAUGAGAAGAGGAUAUGUAGGGCAAUCAGAAAGGCUUGUGUAAAGUGGAUGAGACACCGAAAGGCUGGUACAUUCAGUACAUAGACAGAGACCCAGAAACCAUCCGUCGGCAACUGGAAUUAGAAAAAAAGAAGAAGCAAGAUCUGGACGAUGAAGAAAAAACUGCCAAGUUCAUUGAGGAGCAGGUGAGAAGAGGCCUGGAAGGGAAAGAGCAGGAGACACCUGUUUUUACAGAACUUAGCCGAGAAAAUGAGGAAGAAAAAGUUACGUUCAAUCUGAAUAAAGGAGCGGGUGGCUCAGCGGGAGCUACAACAUCCAAGUCAAGCUCUUUGGGACCAAGUGCACUGAAGCUGCUGGGGAGCGCAGCAUCCGGGAAACGGAAAGAGUCUUCACAGAGCUCCGCCCAGCCUGCGAAGAAGAAGAAGUCGGCCCUGGAUGAGAUCAUGGAGCUCGAAGAGGAAAAGAAAAGGACCGCACGGACAGACGCCUGGUUACAGCCGGGGAUCGUUGUGAAAAUUAUAACGAAGAAGCUUGGGGAGAAAUAUCACAAGAAGAAAGGGGUCGUUAAGGAAGUGAUUGACAGGUACACAGCUGUGGUAAAGAUGACUGACUCUGGAGACAGGCUGAAACUGGACCAGACUCAUUUAGAGACAGUCAUUCCGGCCCCGGGGAAAAGGGUUCUAGUUUUAAAUGGAGGCUACAGAGGAAAUGAAGGCACUCUCGAAUCCAUCAAUGAGAAGGCUUUUUCAGCCACGAUAGUCAUUGAAACUGGACCUUUGAAAGGACGCAGAGUUGAAGGUAUUCAAUAUGAAGACAUAUCUAAACUUGCUUGAGUUUGAAAAUUUGAUAACAACACAUUGAAACUGUGAAGCAUCAAAUUGGUGUUAGCCAAGGCACUGUGUAACUCUACUGUGUUAGGGGAUUUGUUUUGUAUUAAAAAAAAAAAAAUCAUCUAUUUAAAUACUAGUGAAUAGUUGGGUAAAUUUAUAAUAAAAUCUAUGUUUUUUUUAAGUGUCA